AAUAGCAUUUGACUAAGGAUAUGGAUCCUACCACUCUCAUCGAGGGAAGCCUACCAGAUCGUAUUAAUAAGAGGGAUCGGGAACGCAAGAAUGUGAUAGAAAGACGAAGAGAGGAAAGGCAACAACUAGCGGUCGAGUCCGAACAAGCUAGUUAUUUCAAAGAAACCUUCUAUUCAUCAUGCCAGAAAAUACGGGAUCUACUAGACGAUGCUCCCACUGCACCUACGUCUGCUUUGUCUGGCAUCUUCGACAAGAUCAACAAGGAGAUACAUUUAUUGAAAAGCUACCUAUCUCAGUCUAAAAUGUUUCUCAAGGUUUACGAUAUCAGGAGGGCACAAGAGAACUUGCAGGUCUUGGAAAAUGAAGCUGCCGACCUGGAACUCAAACUUCUGCCUAAGAAGAAGUUUGGCUUCAAAAAUCGUAGAGCGGUCAAGAAGCCUACGGAAAAGUCACUCGAUGUGACCGAUGGGCUGAAAGACCUAAAGCUAACAGAAGGAAUUCCAAAUGGCACGACCAAACAAAAUAAUAAAUUAUCUAGCAAGUAUGGCGACAGUGCGUGUAUGCUAUUAGGUAAAGUGGACGAACAGUUGGUCUUAGAUGCGGAAAACGUGAAUAAGAACGAUGUAUUGCUGUCCGACUUGUUGCGAUGUACGGUUCGGAUAUAUGGCACUCCGAGUACUCUUCAUAUGGUUAAUCUGAAACAGUGCACCGUCCUGGUCGGUCCAGUGACGUCAUCGGUAUUCGCUCAUGAUUGCAUCGAAUGCACCUUUGCUUUUGCGUGUCAGCAGCUUAGACUGCACUCGUCGACCGACUGUACCGUUUAUCUACAUGUCACGAGCAGAGCAAUUAUAGAAGACUGUACGGAAAUACGCGUAGCGCCCUACAAUUGGACAUACGAGGAUCAAUCGAGUCACUUCAACCUAGCUGGGCUCGAUCCAAAGGUGAACAACUGGAAUUGCAUCGAUGACUUUAAUUGGUUAUCCAAUGAGAAACACUCACCCAAUUGGACUAUUCUUGACUCUGACUUGAGGGUAAAGAGCUGGGAUUGAUGACGGUUUUGAGAGCGUAAACUUUAAAGACAUUCGCAGACUAGGCUCUAGAGAUUUGGUUUCACUUGGGAAACGGCGAUCGACAUUAGUUUCCUGGAGGAAUCGUCUGUAUUUGGCUUUUACACAAUAAUACACUUCACGCGAUCGUUUACUGCGUAAAAUUAAUAAAAUUUCACUGCUUAAACAUGUAAGUGUGAUGGAUCUCGCGCCUCGUACGUAUUUUUAUCCCAAACUGUAUGGUUUCUAAUAAAAUUUUUUUAGAUCUUCAUAUACCGAAAA